AACUGAGUGUUGAUCUCAUAAUAUAAGAGAUUAGUGUGCUUUUUUCAUUCUACAAAUUUUGGAGUCAAGUUCAUAGAAUUUAUUAUAAACUAGGUCGAAAUCACUGAAAUUCUUUUAAACUGUCUUUUAAUAUUAGGCAUUUUCUUAGCAAAUCCAAAUAAUAAUUAAAAAAAAUAAAUCAAAAAAAUACAAAAAGAGAGAGAGAGAAAAUCAACAACAUUGCAAGUUUGAAUAAGAAUAAUUGAACAAGAAGAAAGGAAAAGCAAAUGCUUCAUAUCUUCUGUGACGGAAACCGCAACAAACAAAAUCGAGUUAGUUGCUGCCCUCUAUGAAAUGACCAAAACAACACCGCUCAACCCCCAAAAUUCCCCCGCCUACGGAGGAAGACAAUUCACAAUCGUGAAAUCUCCCUUUAAAACCUCUUCUCUCUCUCUCUCUCUCUCUCUCUCUCUCUCUAUGUAUCUCUGCAACUAAAGCUUCUGCAGUUUUCACUCAAAUGGCAAUAACCGUAUUUGAAGCCUGCAAGAAAAGAAAAAGAACCCCAAAUAUCUUCACUAUUUCUUACUUUGCCGGCUCCACGGACUCCGCGACGAUGAUGGAGUACUUUCGCGGUUCCUUCAAAGAUAACAUCCGAGAGUUUCUUAAACGCUGCGCAGAGACCGAAGAUUACAGUGUUGGAGCCAAUCCUGUAUGGUGUACUUUGCUUGUCAGUGAAUCCAGCGGCGUCGUUUUCCCUCUCUACAUUGUUCAAGAGAACGUCAAGGGCUCCUCGUCCUCCCAGCCUCUCUGUAACCUCUGCAGAUACGUUGGAUGGAGUCACCAUUUUGUGUCUAAAAGAAACUAUCACCUCAUAGUUCCUGAGGAUCAUAACUGGAGUAAGCCUCUAAAGAAAGAAUCCCUUAAGCUCCAAACCCAUCUCUUACAUGGUAUCAUUCAUUGCAAUGGCUUUGGCCAUCUACUCUGCAUCAAGACUGAAACAAUCUCAAACUAUCUUCAAGGAGAAGAGCUUAUGAACCUCUGGGAUCAUCUCUGCGCAAGUCUCCAAACAAGAGAUAUUUCAGUGUAUGAUAUGUCAAAGAAGGGAUUGAUGAACCUUAGAUUGCUUCAUGGAGUCGCGCAUGGCCAUUCUUGGUUCGGCAAAUGGGGUUACAAGUUAUGCCGUGGAAGCUUUGGGCUUACAAAGCAAGAAUACAGCAGAGCCAUUGAGAUCCUCAGGUCACUAGACCUCAGUAAUAUUAUUCAUGACUUCACUAAAAAAGGACAAGGCAAAUUGAUUGAACAAAUGAUUCAAUCUUAUAGAGAUGUUAGCGAGACCCAGUUGGUCACCAUCAGUGAUUUGCUCCAAUUCAUGCUUGCUUUUAAGUCCAAAUCCCUCAUCCAAAGGAAAACAGCCUUAGCAUUGGCUUCAAUCUCGUCAAAUUCCUCAACACAAACAACCCAUCAAGCCAAAACACCUUUGCUUAGCCAUCCUAGUGAGGAUAACUCAUUUGCUUCUCAGAAUACAGAUGACCAUCGGACACUUUCUUCUUUUGUUGCUAAAUUGGAUGCUAGAUGGCCUGCAAGAAGAUUAGAGAAUGCAGUGAAAGUGAUUUUUCACAUUUUGAAAACACAUGGGGCUGGAAUGCAUCGCCAGGACUUGCGAGACGCCAUUAGAGAACACAUUGGUGACACUGGUUUGAUUGAUUUUGUUCUAAAACAUAUUAAUAAAGUUAUUGUGGGCAAUCAAAUUAUUCUACGUGAAAACAACCCAACUACCAAAUUAUUAGAGUUUUCACUUGAAAAAGCUUCUGAUGGAGCAAUUGAAAGGAAAACGCAGUCCCAUACUGAUAUUCUGUCUCUACAACCAGGACUAGAUGUUUAUAAGGAUCUGCUUUUCUUGUACAAGAAUGUUUUAUUAGGCUACCCUGAAUAUCACGCAGUUAGCAUAGCGUCCACUGUAGUCUUGGACAGCAAGCAUUUUGUUAAGAAGUGGCAGUUUAAGAGAAAUGGCGAGGAUAAUUUACUGAGGCUAAUUUGCCAAGUUAAGCCGAGUUACGAUGAAUUGGUGAAUGAGCUGAUUCGACCAUUGCCACCAGGUGAACUGGUGGUGACCCAAAAAUGUGCUACAGUUCGUGAGCUCAAACUGAUGGUGCAAUGUGCAUUAAUAGACACAUAUUUUGUAAUGGACAAGUUUGUAGUGAAGGAUAUACGGAUUGGUGAAUUGGUGGCAAAGGAGGACCAAGAAUUACUUGAGUGUGGAGUGGGGCAGGGUAUGCAAGUUUGGGUGAGAGGCUGUGGAUUGGACUUCGAUACAGAGCUGAGGUACCAAGGUGGGGAUAAUGAUUGGACCGUGGAUUGUAGGUGUGGGGCCAAGGAUGAUGACGGAGAGAGAAUGGUGGCAUGUGAUGUUUGCCAUGUUUGGCAGCAUACUAGGUGCAAUAGCAUUAACGAUGGUGAUGUUCCUCCUUCGUUUCUGUGUCAUGUGUGCAGGUCCAGGAUGAAGAAGCUGGCUGGGUGCAAGAUGUAAUUCCCACGAGAAACACAAAUUUGCAGUAUAGCUCCAUGAAAACGUGUUGCCUCGAUAUUCAUGCAAGAUUAUUGUUCAAAAGAAGAAUUCACUUGGCAUGAUUCCGUUAUCCAGUUACUGAUUUAUUUUUUAAUUUUGAAAAGAAAAUUUACAAAGCAGAUUAAAUUGUAUUUAGAAUUAAAAAUGCAAUAUUCUAUCAAGUACAAAUAUCAAAGCAUUAAUCCAACUAUUAUUUUUGCCU